UGAACGGUGAUGCUGCCGGAGGUAGGUGGAGUCGCCCGCGACCUGGACGGGAGCCUGGUGGGGUCAGCCCCUGACGAGCUGCCUGGCGCAUGGCUGUGUGGGGACUGGGAGCCCGCCUUGGCCUGCGCGGGGGCCUCGGCGCCGGCAGGCUGCUGUGUCCCCGUUUCCAGAGCCGCGGCCCCCAGGGCGUGGAAGACGGGGACGGGGUUUUCUAGCACCUUCACUGGAGAGAGGAGACCUAAAGAUGACCAGGUGUUUGAAGCUGUGGGAACUACAGAUGAAUUAAGCUCAGCCAUUGGGUUUGCUUUGGAAUUAGUCGCAGAAAAAGGCCACCCGUUUGCUGAAGAGCUGCAGAAAAUCCAGUGCUCGCUGCAGGACGUCGGCUCUGCCCUGGCGACCCCGCGCUCCUCGGCCAGGGAGGCUCACUUAAGUAAUCUUCUCUCCCAACCUGCCGCGCGUGCUCAGAGGAUGUGCCGCAUUCGAGGCGGGGCCCAUCCUGGAGCUGGAGCAGUGGAUCGACAGAUACUCCAGCCAGCUCCCCCCUCUCACGGCGUUUAUCCUGCCGUCGGGAGGCAAGAGCAGCUCCGCGUUGCACUUCUGUCGGGCCGUGUGCCGCCGAGCAGAGAGACGGUGGACGCCAGCCAGCCCGGGUCUCUGUCCUCAGAGCCCUGCGUAGCCGAGGGGAGACAGUGACCCGCGAGCAGACAAAUGACAGAUGAUGUAACCACAUCACGCUCAGAGCUUACGGAGAAACAAGAGGUUAUAGGUGAACAGGGUAGGAGGAGUCCCUGAUGGGGUUAGCUGGUUAUUUAUAAUUCUGACACUCACAUGCUAUGAAAGUCAAAAGGAUAUUCGGGGAGAGGCCUCCCUGCCCUGUGCCCCGGCUCCUCAUCCCUGGGGGUUAAUGUAAGUGGGAUAGUUGGAGCUGGGCAGAAAUGAGUGGCGAGCCCCGCACCAUGGUCAGGGCUGUGAGGGACGUGGAGUGGACACAGGGAGGGUCUCUCCCAGUCACACUGAGUGAGCCAGGGGUUGAAGGAUUGGGGGGCGGGGAGGAACAGCGUCCAGUGCGAGGGGACAGCAAGGGCAGAGGUGGCAGCUCGCACUGAACGGACACAAAGGAGACCCGAGUGUCUGGGUCCAGAGGGAGAGGGCGGGGGGCACAACAAGACCAGAGACCGGGCAGGGCCUUGGAGGCACAGAGAGGUCUACCUCUAUCCCGAGAGCAAUAGGAAACCGUUGGUGGGCUUUAGGCCAUGCAGUGACAUGAAGGGACCCUGUUGGCUGCUGGGUAAAGAAGGGCCCAGAGGGACCCACAGGGCUGGCGGCGGGGCUGCGGGGGGGGGCAGGUGGAAGCUCUCAACAGACCAGCCACCCACUGCCCCAACACCUCCGAGUCAGGAAGAGGAAGGACCCCUAAAAGCUACUGACAGCCUUUCAGAGAAACUUCAGAAGAGUUCCCUGCAAAACCUCCAUUUACACCACUCGUAACGCCAGCUCACCUAGAUUCCUGGACAAAUGGAAGUGAAGCCCUACACUGAUGAAUGGGCAGGGCCGUGCUGGGCAUUUGCUCACCGUCACCUCAUUGAUGCCUCAGGAUAACCUUGGCAGAGGGGUGGUGGCAGCCCCCCGUGUACAGGAGUUGGGAGACUGGAGCUCAGAGAGGCAACCUCGUGGCCAGGGUGGUCACCUGAGCGGUCCACGGCAGAGUCCAGAUUUGAGCCCGGGUCGGUCUGCUUCCAAACCCGAGCUCUGUCCACAGCCCCACAUCACAAAGGUCCCAUCCCUCAUGAGAGGCUCGUGGGCCCAAGUGGUUCCCAAAGGGGUCCCGCGUAACAGAGCUUCAGUUUCAAAAGAAAAAAUUCAUCGUUUGUAGAAAACCAUCCGUGUCGGCAAUGCCCACGGUACCAAAACAAUCGGAGAGACGCAAAGGCCCGGCAGGGUGCCUCGUCCAGCAGAGGAUGCACCAGGCAGGGUGGUGGGGACAUGCAUGUGGGAUGAUGAAACCCCUUGGGCAGGGGACACAAAGCCAGAGCCUCGGUUUCGGGGAGAGCAUCUCAGCAAGGGUUAUGUGGCGGAGGUGACCUGUGUCAAGGGCCCGGCAAGGGCCUGCCCCGUCACCAGCAGACAGCAGUCUGGAGGGAUGUCUGCGCCCAGGCCGGCAAGGGCACCGGGUCAAGCCGCUGUAGGCUCUGAGGUGCCGGUGUGGGACGCAGCCCUGGGUCCCCCAGAGUGUCGACCCCGUAGUGUAUGCAACGUGGCGUUUUCUCCUC